UUCUGUUUACGUUAAAAGAUUUUUUUUGCACUAGCAUAUUCUCAAUUGGAAAGCUGUAUAGCAGGUUUAUUUUGCAAGAGAAAAUGGAACAAAAUUUAACAUAUUUUCCCAUGGAGAACAUGAACCAUGCAGGACUGCAGCACCAUGCAAUGGCGAUGGCCAACUUCAUCAAGACAGAACCUCAGUUAGAUAUCAAGUCUGAACCACAGGAUAUGUUUCAAAGUGUUACAAGUACUACAGCAAAGGGCAAAACUUCCAAGGCCAAGAAAAGGAAGACUGAGAAAGUGAAACAGGAGAAGAUAACUGACCACAUGGUUGUGAAGAAAAAGAAACAUGAUCGUUUCAAGGGCAUGCCUGAAGAGGAAGUGAUGAAACGCCUUCUGCCAGACCACCUGGCUGAGGAUCUAGACAUUGUUAUUGUGGGUAUCAAUCCCGGUUUGAUGGCAGCUUAUGUUGGACAUCAUUAUGCGGGCCCAGGAAAUCACUUCUGGAAAUGUAUGUACCUCUCGGGCCUCAUUCCCGAACCACUGACAGCUUACGAUGACACCAAACUGCUGAAUUACGGGAUAGGAUUUACCAACAUAGUUGCAAGGACAACCAGAGGAAGUGCAGAUCUGACAAGAAAAGAAAUCAAAGAAGGUGCCAAAUACCUGUCGGAGAAACUGAAUAAAUACAAACCAAAGAUAGCUGUCUUUAAUGGGAAGGGUAUUUAUGAAGUAUUUUUGGGACACAAGAAUUUUGCAAUAGGGAAACAACCUGAACCGCUGGAGGGCACUGAUACGGUUGUGUAUGUGAUGCCCUCUUCUAGUGCUCGCUGUUCACAACUACCUAGAGCCGUAGACAAAGUCCCAUUUUACGCAGCCCUAAAGAAACUGCGGGACCAUCUUCGUGGGGAUCUUAAAGAACUGGAUGAAUCAGAAGUGUGCUUCCCUGACCUUGAGCUCAAAGUCAUUAAGAAGGAGGAUCGGCUGAAGGCAGAGGGAUACCCUGAUGCUGACAACAAGGGAGCAAUUAAUCUUGGUAAUGGUAAUGUGCCUGCUCCCUUCACAAAUAACCAGCCAAUGAAUGGGGCUGUAGGUCCUCCAGGUAUGAAUCACCCUGGAAACUUUAUGUCCAUUAAGCAGGAAGCUCCUUACAACUCUCAGGAUUAUGGGGGCAGUACCAACAUGUUCCACCAACAAAUGCCUGUGAUCAGUCUUCCCUGCCCGUCAUAUCCAAUCUCAAGUAUGGCAUAUUCAGGGGGAGGUAACUCUCGUCCCCAUGGACCACAAGGAAUGAUGCCUUUACCAGCAACAACAUAUCCCUCCUCCCAAGUUGAUGGAUCAACGAUGUUUGGGGGACAGGGGUCUCAGGGACCUCAUCCAUCACACUUUCCUACUAGUCAGGGUUCUUACAUUCCACAGAUAAACUGUCAUGGUAAUUCCUCUCAAGGUCAGGGUCAGUUCUUAUCACCAGGUCAAGGUCAAAGUUCAACUAAUAUGUUCACAUCCCAGGGGCCAUCACAAAAUCUACCUCACCAUGUGGACCUGACAGUGCCAGGAUCCUACCCCUCUGCAGGGUUGCACUUGGCCAAUGCCAUGCAUGGGUGGCCCGGCAUGCAAGGUCAAUCUUGUGGACAAUCUCCUCGACCACAGCAGGGAUUUGAUCAGAUGCAAAAUCGUGUGUUCAUCAAGGCGGAACCACAGGACUUUGGAUCAUCAUCAUCAUCAUCAUCAACAACCUGUCCAUUUCAAAAUGUUGGAUAAGUAAUGUAUUUAUUUGUGUAGUCCUGUAUGGGUGUCUGAGUAUGUGUUCAUUAAGUAAUCAUCACAGUGAUGACAUCAUAGUGAGCUCUUUGUAUGUAUUAUAAAUAGCUGUCUUGCAUUUUUAUUUCCAUUAUUUAUAUAUUGUAAAUAUUUUGCAAAAUAUUAUUGUCUCAAACUUUUUAAACAGGAAAUAUAUUGAUGUAUUUUUCUUGUGCUAAAAGUUUCAUAAGUUUUGUGCUUUAUUAAUGCAAAUUCGAUGAGAUCUGGUUUGUGCCUACUAUAUGUCUAAUGAAAUCAGGAAUCUGGAUCUAUGAAAUUCUUAAAAGGUUCAUAUCAUACAAAACCAAAUGAAAUAAAAUACAAAUUGGAAACUUAAAAGUUAAAAUGGAUACAUGUUCAAAUUAGUAUGAAUAUUUGAAACAUGAAGUUCCAAUUAUGAUUAAAGAAAUAAAAAAUCAAUAAAGAAAUCAAUAUUGAAACAUUUUUUUCAUAACAAAUAUUAAAAUAUCAAAGUACCAUAUUUUGUCUUUCAAAAAUCAUAUAUUGAAGAUUAAAAGGUAGUCAAAACGGAACCUCAUAACUAAGUUUUUAAAUUUUUGCCUCAAUAGACUGGAAUAGGUUUAUAUGAUAAAAUAUAUACUGGUAGAUCAUAAUCAUCGUUAUAAGAAAUGAAAGUAGAACAGACAUGGUAAUAAUUGUGUGAUAAUGGACAGUACAUUUAAGGACACAGUAAACAUGUACAGUGUAUUUGUUGCUAAAUAUACACAAUUUUGAAUAAAAAUAUUGCUGUAACACACAUAGAUGCAAUUGAAAUGAUAUUUGAACAUGCCUCGCAACUGUAAUACUAUUUAAAACGUGUUGAUUUCCAGUAUUGUUGUUGUACAUGGCAUUACGUAGCUGUAUGCAUUUUUAUAAAAUUGAAUAUUACCCUGUUAGAAUUAUUGUACGUUUAUUUAUUGAUAUUAUCAUCAUAGUGAUAUUAACAUAAGUACAAUAUAUGAUGUCAAAAAUGCUUUAGAUGUCAUUAAUAUCAUUGGGUGUAUUUUAAAGAUGUGAACUCUCCACCCUUAAACUGGUUGUCUGUGAGUGUAGCUGUUUUACUGCAGACAGACUACAAAGAUACCACUUUGUAAGAAAAGUACCUCAUUGACUGUUGAUAAGCCCACGCUCAGAUAUAAGCCCACCCACAGAUUUACAAGUUACAUUCACCAACAAGCAGUCUAUGCAUGCAGGUAAAAAUGUUCAAAAAGCCAAACCAUAAGUUGAUGCUGUUUCUAUUGACUAUCCUUUGUAUUUCUAAGGAUGAGAUCCUACAGGCAUAUUGUAUCUUUGAGCAAGAUACCUUACUCCGCUUGUUCCAGUCUACUCAGCUGUAAAUGAGUAUGUGGUUGGGCAG